CCACCUCCGUCUCCUCCUCCACCUUCUCCACCACCGCUAUCUCCACCUCCGCCUUCUCCGCCACCUCCAUCGCUACCGCUGCCACUACCACCGAAGAAGUCUCCACCGAAGCCACCAAGGCCAUCGCCGUUACCCGAGCAUCAGCCAGCAUUCAAGUCCGAGAGGCCUCCAGCGUCUCCGACGGUCGCACGAUGGUGGGAGAUAACAAAAAGCUACGUCAACCGGAAGGGCGCUACCGUGGGACGACUCGUGAGGCGGGGACGGGAGGUCCGAGACAAGUCCUACUCCAUGGGAAAGGAGCUCAACUUGACGCAGAUUGAGACGAUGAUCCUGCGCUUGCUGGGCCACUUCCCGACCGAUCCCCAGGGAAUCUAUCUACUGCUCCUCGCGGACGACGUCAAAGUGAAAGGCCUGUGCAAGCAGUUUUGCGGACAGCACUCGUUCGUGGUUCCCCAGUCCGCCACCGACCGAAAAGGCCUUGCUUACGCUUGGAUCGCCAACACCGAGAAGCGAUGCCCGGCAACUUGUAGCUGGCCUUUCGGGAGCUCCAAGCCGAAGCCCGUGCCGCCGCCAAAGAAAGAAGGAAAGAAGCCGCCACCGCCGCCGCAGCAAGUCAAGGGGCUCGUUCCGCCAAACGGGGACGUCGGGAUCGAUGGUAUGAUCGUCAACAUUGCCGAGAUGCUGUCGUCGGUGGCCACGAAUCCGUUCUUGAACGGAUACUACUCGCUCCAGGGGAAGAAUGUGAUGAGCGAGGCCGUGGGCUUCUGCAAGGACAGGAAGGCUCUCCCGGACGACUUGCUGCGGAACAAGACCACCGGAGCCAGCUUCAACGUCUUCGGCUAUCGCAAGCGGCAGUUCCUGGUGCCGAAGAUGUAUAAUCCUGCGACCAGGAGGUGUGAUUCCCAGGCAUAGAAGGUGGUGGAUGGAGGAUGAAUAAGCCCCGGCCAGCCAUGGAGUGUGACGAAUAGAAGUAAGUUUCUGGAGUGUUGUGUGUGUUUUGCGCGAGCUCGGCUGUGAGAAUGAGAGAUCAAAUAAAAAAAAUACCUUGUACUCCAAGCUCCAAGCUCCAAGCUCACUGAGCUCUCGAGCUCCUCGUUUAUCAAUCUACAGCCUUGAGACCUCUUCGCGAA